UUUGCUGUUUUUCCUUUGAUGUUGAGAGGUCCAAUUGGAUUCCGAAGAACACUAGAAUUAUCGUUGUCAAUAGUUAUAUAUAACGGUAUACGGCUACUAAACGCUGUGGCAUUUAUCGAUGGAGUGGUCAUCAAAUUGAUCUACGGAAAGGAGAUUUUAGGUUUUUUUGAAAAUCUUGUAAAGCAGGACAAAUAUUUACGUAACAUCGGCUUUCACGUUCAGUAUACUAUCUGUACGAAAAAAAGCCGUUGGUAUAUUUCUACAUUAUUAAUUUUCUUGAUUACGCAAGUACUAUCUUAUAUACUUACAGACUUUAAAAGGGCCAGGCCAUUUUUGUUCAAAGCCUUCGAAGUGUACUUGACUCUUGUACAGAUUAGUAACAUAAUGCUCUUUGCUUGGAUGAUACUCAAUGUUGGUUGCAGAUUUCAAGUUAUGAAUGAAGGAAUUCGACGCAGAAUGUCUAAAACAAAAAUAAAUGAUUAUACGAUACAAGACAAUUAUACAUUCUUGAAAACAUCGGCAAAGGUCCAUUCAGAGCUCUGCAAUAUAGCUAGAAGAGCUAUGAAACCAUUCAUUAUAAGCAUAAUAAAUUGCGUUAUCAUGACGUUCGGCAUCACCACAUCUAUUAUAUAUGUGAUUUUUAUUGAACUGAAAAAUAGACUCAGUGCUAAUCAUGCCUUCUUUUAUUUCACUUUGAUCAUGACAUAUGUUUUACUAACGAUCCUCAUUGUCAGCAGUUGUAAUUGGACCAGUCAAAAGGCAGCUGAAACUAUGAAAAUACUUCAUAAAAUCACGAUGGAAAAUAUUACGAAAGAUCAUCAAUGUCUUGAUGAAAUGGCACGUGCGUUUUGCAUGCAAAUAGUUCAUCAUAAUCUGCAAUUCAAUGCAUGGAAUUUGUUUCCCGUUGACUCUACGCUUCUGCAGUCGUUGGCAGAAGCAGUUACAACUUAUUUGGUUAUUUUGAUACAAUUUGAUCCUUUAAUAGCUUAAACUAUAAUACUGAAAAUUAUUUUUGCAACGGUGAAAAAUAUAUGUACUAUUUUAC